UGUCAUAAAUUUUGAAAUGAAGAAUGUGAUUCUAUUUUUAUUAGAAACAUUCUUCAAUAAUUGUGCAAUAAAGCGUCCAGUAAAAUAAACAUUUAAGUUAUAAUAAAUUAAAUAGUUACCACAAUGCCUCGUAGUAUUAUCGAGUAUUAUGCUGAGCAUGAGCGGUAUAAAUGUGGAUAUUGUAAGAAACCAGAUACAAAUUAUGGUCAUGGAUUAUGGGCUCAUACAAUGUCUGUUGCGGACUAUCAGAAUUUAAUAGAUAGAGGAUGGAGGCGAUCAGGAAAAUAUUGUUACAAACCAACUUUAAGUAUAAUUUGCUGUCCAAUGUACACCAUUCGAUGCAGAGCACUUGAAUUUCGACCAUCAAAGUCACAAAAAAAGGUUUUAAAGAGGUUUAAUAAAUACUUAGUGGGUGAGAUUGAACCUGAAUGUAGUAAUAGGAAAAUUUCUAGUUCAAGUGAUGAUAUGAAAUUUGAUGAGGGUGAAACAGAGGGGGUAGAACAAUUUGUUGAAAGCAAGCAAAAACCACAAAUGCUUAGUAUGACUGAGAAGGAUAUCAAGUUUGAUGAGGAUCAGGAGGGAAUAUGUAAAGAAGCUUCGGCUAAUCAAAGCAAUUCAUCCCAAAAUGAAUCCAUUCCAGCACUGGUGAAAGAAAAUAUAAAAAAAGAUUCAGGACCUGACCCCACAAAGCCACCAUGCAAGAAGGCGAAACAAAUGCGGAAAGAGAGAAAACUAGAGAAAUUAAAAGCACAGGGUAUAGACAUAAGUAGCUUAGAUACUAACAAGAGUAAAGAAAAACAAAUAGAAGAUUUUAUAAAAGAUUUACCAGAGGAUGUUAAGCAUAAAUUAGAGGUUAAAUUAGUGAGGACCAAUCCACCUAGUGCUGAAUGGUUGGCUUCAGCCAAAGAAACUCAUGAGGUUUAUGUGAAAUAUCAAAUGACAGUGCACGGAGAUCAACCUGAGAAAUGCACUGAACCAAAAUUCAGUGAUUUCUUAGUGCAAAGUCCAUUAAUGGAGGAGUAUUCAGAAGUAGGCCCACCAUGUGGUUAUGGUUCCUUCCACCAACAAUACUGGCUAGAUGGGAAGAUUAUUGCUGUGGGCGUUGUUGAUAUAUUGCCCAAAUGCGUCUCAUCAGUGUACUUCUUCUAUGAUCCACAAUAUAUGAACCUCACUUUAGGAACAUAUGGUGCUUUGAGGGAGAUUGAAUUCACAAGACACUUGCAUUCAUUGUGCCCAGAGCUUAAAUAUUACUAUAUGGGCUUUUACAUACAUUCGUGUCGGAAAAUGCGUUACAAGGGCAACUACUUCCCAUCCGAUUUACUCUGCCCAGAGACCUAUAAAUGGUUCCCUUUAAAGGACUGCAUACCAAAAUUGGAGAUAACACCAUAUUCAAGACUGGACCCUGACAUAGACAGUGUGGAUGAUAAUUAUCCCAACGAUUCCGACAUUAAUUAUAUUCCAAUAUUAUUCAAAGGGCAAGUGUUGAUAUACAAAAUGUAUAAACGGAGAACCGGCAAGAAGGGAGACGAUACGGAAGACUUGUUGGAUUACGCGCGGUUAGUUGGCGCGAAAACCGCAAAAAGUUUGAUCAUGGUUAGAUAAUUUGCUAUGAUAUGCUAUUUGGGCUUCUAGGUCUAUUUGUCAGUUAUGUCACAGUUUAAUAAGCCAUACAGUCGUUCAACGAAGACGUUUAGACAGGUCAACCAUGCGGGAGGUAACAAGCCCAAGAUAUACAGGGUGGAAUUUUGUAAUGCCUUAAGCGGAAGUACUUUUAGUACUGUAUUUAACUAUACACUGUAACAUUCCAUUAUUUUUUUAAAUAAACAAAACUG